AUGAACCGCCAAGGGUCCUAUCGGGCUGGGAUGGUGGUGACGACCGUCCUGGCCGUCCUGUUUGUGAUCUUACGAUUUUUGGCACGGUGGAAAAAGUCCCUGAAACCAGGCCUGGACGACUAUUUCAUCGUGGCCGCUUUGGUUCCUUUCUUCACUCUCGUUGGAUUGGGCCUUGUCUUAACGAAUUACGGCAUGGGCGUACAUUCUGAGACCCUACCGGCGGAAAACCUCAUAACGAUUGCAAAGCUUCUGGUGGUGUACGAGUGCGUCUACGUUACAACAAUAGCGGUCAUCAAGGUGUCUAUCCUGCUCAUGUACUGUCGCAUCUUCCCCACGAGAGAGAUUCGUAUGGCCUCCAUGGUCCUAGGUGGGGUCUCCAUUGCCUGGGGCAUCGCCAUUAUCCUCGUGAGCAUCUUCCAAUGUACUCCGAUUGCGCGAGCCUGGGACACGCACAUUCCCGGCACCUGCAUCAAUCUCAAAGCCUCGUUCAUUGGAAAUGCAGUACCCAACAUUGUCACCGACAUUCUCAUUCUGUCUCUGCCGGUGCGAGUGGUGCGGAGAUUGCACGCUAGCCUUACGCAGCGACUGUCCGUGAUUGGCACUUUUCUGUUGGGUAGUUUGUUCGUAUACCCCCUUUUACUACAUAUCACUGGUUUGCGACAGUGGACUGACUGGACACUUUCGCAAAGCGUUGUCUUCACCAGCAUCUAUCGCUUCACUACCCUUUUCGAGUUCGACCCGGCGGAUAUUGCCUGGACACUCGGAAAAUCCUGCACCUGGUGUAUCGUCGAAUCCUCAGCGGGUAUCAUCUCCGCCUGCAUGCCGACCCUGCGUCCGUUGUUCGUGAUGAUCUCAAAAGAAUUCUCGAGCCAGUGUGGUACUCAAGAGACACGCACCACUGAUCUCAACCAUUCUAGAGGUUAUGAGUUGCAGAAUUCUGCUCUACGACCGUCCGAUGAACCACGUAAUAAAAAUCAAGUGCAGCUGGUUGUGUCCCAGGAUGGCUCUGAGGACGAGGUUCCCUUGAAUUCCAUCCGAGUUCAGCAGGAUAUGUCAUGGUCUGAAUGCAGGAGUAAUUCCCUUCCAGCAUACAAGUAA